AUGCUUCUCGACAUGAACAACGGAGCCACCAAUGCCUCCGUCGCGCCCUUCAGCCAGCCCAAUGGCGUGGCAUAUCCUGUGUCUGGCACCUUUCUGGCGAGCAGUAACCAGGACGCUGAGAUGGGAGUAGUGUCCGGAGUUGCCGACAACUACCUCGGAGACAGUCACGACCCGAUCGGCGCAGGAGACGGUGUUCUCUUCCGUCCCUUCAAGCACUUGCCUGGUGAGGUCAGAACCAUGAUCUGGAAGGCUGCCGCUGCGUCUGCCAAGCCCCGAGGAGUCUACCAAUUCAAGGUCAAGCACAUCAAGCUGGGGCUCGCGUCAAACCAUUACCCGCUGGCUCAGUCCAUGUUCACCAACAUACGCCGGCUCGACGACAACAGCCCCCUCGUCCGUGAGAUCCGUGAUCUGAUGCAGAGCGUCUACACCGGCGACUCGGUCUCGACCUUCACCCCCCUGCCCGAGGUCGGCAGGUUCACCCUCGAGAUCCGGAACCUGCUCCGGAGCUGCCCGGAGGCCCGGUCCGAGCUGGUGCGCACCCCCGCCUUCGGCUCGAGCUUCAGCUUCCACUGGUUUGAGGGCGGGAAGUGCGACCUGGGCGUCGUCCGGCCGUUCUGUUACGAUACAGACUGGAUCAGCCUCACCGAGGUGGCUCAGCACCUCACGAUACGGCCCUCUGCCCCCGGUGUGCUUUGCACGCCUGACAUCGCCGCCAUCGAGCACCUCGCCAUCCCGCAUCUGGAGUGCUUCUGUACCGGAGACUGGUCACGUCUGCAAGCCCAGCUGCGCACGCUCGCCGUGUUCCCCAGCCUCAGAUCACUCGGCAUCUACGACUCCUGCCUCUCGGUCAAGCGGGUGUCCCACUGGGACCGCCUGAUCACGGAGGACCAGAGGUACUUCCUCAAGGGCGUCUCGACCUCGGCCUCGGGCGCGCGGCCGGGGCGGCGGCUGACGGGCGCGAGGUUCUCCGGCGCCAUGGGGAGCCUCAAGAGGCUGAUCCUCGAGGUGGCGGUGAAGGAAAUCAUGAACAAGCUCCAGAGUCCGCGCCCGGCGAGUCUUGCCGGCUUGAACUUCUGCCUCCUGCUCCACGCCAGCAGCCAGGCGGGACUGGACCUCAUGAAGUUCAGGGAGGAUGGCUCCCAUCUUGACGACGUCGCUCGGAUCCAGGACUUGGGAGUCAUUGGACAGGAGGUGAAGGCCUUGCGGAUCAACGGGGCCCGACCUUGA